AUGUUUGCCGUCCCCGUCCCAGCUCAAGGAACGAUCCCAGGAGUGGCGGGACAAGCCCCGCAAGCCGUGCCGCCAGUGAUUCUGAUCGCCGGGCCACAAGCGGCCCCAGCUGUCCAGACACCGCCGGUGGCGGGGUGGCCAACGGUCGUGCCGAAGCAGUCAGUUGCAGCCGAUCCACCCGAAGCCGUUCGAGGAGCAGGAGUCGAAGCCGGUCCGGUCGCUCGAGGCGAAGUCGAUCCCCUAGAAGUCACUCCAGGAGCAGAAGUCGAAGCCGGGCCCGCCGCUCUAGUCGAAGCCGAGCUAGCCGCUCUAGGCGAAGCGGAAGCCACCGUGGCCGCCCGAACUAUCGCGGCCGAGAGACCCCGAGGCGUCUGA